CAGGAGGAGUCUGGACAGCAGAAUGUCAACGGAGAGACAGACGGACCACCUGAGGCCAGGUCUUCGUGGCAUGACGAUUAUCUCACGUACCACGACCCAAACUCCAAGUGUUUUGCAGUGCGCUCUCUGGGCUGGCUGGAGGUGGAGGAGGAGGACCUGUCUCCCGGUCGCAGCAGUCUCGCUGUCAGUAACGUCAUCCAGCAGCUGUCUCACUGCAGCAGCCCGGAGCAGAGAGACAGGCAAGGGGCCUGGGGGGAGGGUCGAGAGAUGAUGCUGGUUCUGAAGAAGGACACUCUGACUCUGUUGGACCCUUUAGACCACACCCCUCUGCACUGUCAGCCAAUCAUCAACAUCCGUGUGUGGGGGGUGGGCUGCAACAACGGCAGGGACAGGGACUUUGCGUUCGUGGCGGGCGAUAAGGACAGCUGUGUGCUGAAGUGUCACGUGUUUCGCUGCGACGCUCCGGCCAAAACCAUCGCCACGGCGCUGCAUGAGAUGUGCUCCAAGAUGAUGUCAGAGAAGACGUUGAUAAGGCCGUCUCGCUCGCUAACGAUGGAGAGCAUCUCACCUGAAGACCUGCCCAGACAAGUGGAGUUUCUGGAGGCGGUGCGGCAGCAGGUCCAGAAGUUUGAGGUCCAGUACAUCGGUAACCUGCCGGUGUCCAGAGCGAUGGGUAUGGAGGUGUUGAACCGAGCGAUAGAAAGCAUCAUGAACUCCACAGACAGAGACGAGUGGGAGCCGACAGUGAUCCACGUCACGGAUAACAUCCUGUCUCUGUGGAGGGGAGAGGAAGGGGAGGAGCCUCUGUGGGAGUGUCAGGUACGUUUCCUCACCUUCCUGGGCGUCGGCCACGACAGUCACACCUUCGCCGCGAUCGUAGACGGCGGCAUGCAGAGGUUCGAGUGUCACGUGUUCUGGUGUGAACCGGAUGCUGGGAUCCUGUCUGAGGCGGUCCAGGCGGCAUGUAUGGUCCAGUACCAGAAGUGUCUGGUGGCUCAGACUCCUCCCCCGAGGACCAAGUCGUGGCGUGUGUCCUCGUCUAAGGUCAAGCGGGCGAACUCCGUGGACUCCUUCCCUCCUCUCACCUCCCGUCUCCAUGGCAACAGCAGCGGCAGCAUGUUGACGCCCAGGAUAACCAAGGGCAACGGCAACGGCAACACGAGGAAGGGGAUGCUGACGUUCUUUGAAACUUUUCGUAAACAGGCCGCCAACUCCUAAUGAGGGGGGCGGGGCCACCGGAGAGACGAGGUCAUCAGGUCGGUGAUACUCUGAGACUGAGAUGUGUCUGAACGGACAAUUCUACCGAUUCUACCGCCUCCACGUCACCAGCAACACCUGGGAGACCACUGUGGCCUCUCAUUGCCUCCCCUUGUCUCUCCUUGUCUCCCCUCGUCUCCCGUUGUCUCUUGUUGCCUCCCCUCAUCUCCCGUUGCCUCUUGUUGUCUCCCAUUGCCUCCACUCGUGUUGCCUCCGCUUGUCUUCCCUUGCUUCCCGUUAUUGGACCAGAAAUUCUCCUGUUUGAACUCUGAUCAGUCGUUAGCUUAGCUUAGCUUAGCAAGUAACAACUUGAAGCUUUAAGGAUGCUAACGUGAUGCUAAUAUGAAGCUAACGUGGGUUUUCCAUGGACCAGGAACAAUGAACAACUGCUGGACCUAUUAACACGAGUGGAUCCGGAUCAGAGACUCAGUCCUCCAUCACAGCUCAUGUUCUACUCCUCAGGAUGAUAAAUGUGAAACACAUGAAGAAGAAACUACAACUAGGAUGUUUCAUGAUCCAGAGAAGAACAAAAGCUUCAUAUUCAGAGACAUUUUAAAGUGUUUUGUAGCUGCAGGAAGUGAUUCUGAUCAGCAGAGGGCAGAAAUACUGACGUCAUGUCUAUCUAUUCAUUGACCUGCUUCUUCUUCUUCUUCUGUCUCGUGGGACGGCAGAUAAGACGGUUCUGGAAGGUUCUACAAAGAGAGAAAAGAACGAGUUUAUUGAUACAGAACAUUUCAGACAAAAUACAUAUUAUAUAAAGUCGUUUUGUCAAAAUAUUACAAGAACUAAGUAAUCAUUUUAGCAGAAAAAAGUUGCAAUAAUUAGAGAAAAAGAGUUGCAAUGAUUUGUGUAAUAUUUGGACAAAAACAUUUUCUAAUGUUUCUAAAGAACUUUUUCUUGAAACAUUAAAACUAAUUACACAAGAGUUUCUUCUUAAAUUCUGAAGAAACAUUGAAAUCUUUUGACUCUUUCCUUGUUUUUUCCAGAGUUCUGAUUCUCCGUCAUAUGAAAGUAAUUCAGAAUACUUUUAUUAUAAAUAUAUAAACUCUACAAAGAGUCCAGCAUGUGUCUGAUGGUGCAUUAAAGGAAUGACAGCUGAGCGGCUCCUGAACGCCUCGUGAGCCGGUCAGUGAACGCACCACAAACAGAUCUACAUUUACUUUAAUGGAAGUCAACGGUUUGACUCUUUGAGGUUUGCAUGAGGAGACCAGCUGCCUCCUGAUUGGCUGCAGCACCUGUAGAUAGAAGCUUUGGUGUGUUUAUCUCAGAGAGUUUUUCUGUCUUCUAGUCUGUAUAUCUGAAACAAACCCAUGAUGUCAUGUAGAAAAGAACCAAAAAUAAACAAAGUUAACGA